UGACCCAAACGUGACAAACGACCAAAGGCCAAAUAAAAUUUUUUUCCGCAUUUUUUUUUCAGGGAAAAGAAAUUUGAAGACAGGAAAGAGUUUUUAUUUUUUUAUUUUUCAGACAUGAGUGAGUUGAGUAGUUACAGUUGUGUGUUGUUGUUAGUGGUGUUGGGGUUAAGCGCGGGAAGUUGUUGUUACGGGUUCGGUACUUUCGGGUUUGAUAUCCAUCAUAGGUAUUCGGAUCCGGUUAAGGAUUUCCUGACCGUCGAUGCGUUACCGGCGAAGGGAAGUCUGGAGUAUUACAGUGCUAUGGUUCAUCGUGAUAAAAUAAUUAAGGGCCGUCGAUUGGCGACGGCUAAUGAUCAGACGCCGGUUACGUUUCUCGAUGGAAACGAGACUUAUCGAUUGAGUGGCUUGGGAUUUUUGUAUUACGCGAAUGUAUCAGUAGGGUCGCCGGCUUUGUCAUUUUUGGUGGCACUAGACACUGGCAGCGACCUCUUCUGGUUGCCAUGUGAUUGUUCCAGUUGCGUGCAAGGCUUAAGCACAGCCGAUGGCCAGACAAUAGACUUUAAUAUCUACAGCCCCAAUACUUCAUCUACUAGCUCCAAGGUUCCUUGUAGCAGUGACAUGUGUGAACAGCAAAAAAGAUGUUCUUCAUCUCAAAGUAAUUGUCCUUAUCAAAUUCUCUAUCUGUCCAAUGGUACUUCAUCUACUGGGGUCUUGGUGGAGGAUGUCUUGCACUUAACCACAGAUGAGGAUAAAACCAAAGCUGUCCAAGCCAAGAUUACUUUCGGUUGUGGGAAGGUUCAGACUGGAUCAUUCUUGAAUGGUGCCGCUCCUAAUGGUCUUUUUGGGCUUGGUAUGGACAAUAUAUCUGUUCCUAGCACAUUAGCAAAUGAAAAUAUUACUUCAAAUUCGUUUUCUAUGUGCUUUGGACGUGAUGGGAUUGGAAGAAUCACUUUUGGUGAUAGGGGCAGCUCAUAUCAAGGAGAAACACCAUUUAAUCUCAGGAAAUCACACCCAACUUAUAAUGUCAGUAUCACUCAAAUAAACGUGGGAGGAAAUGCUGGGGAUCUUGAUUUCAGUGCAGUUUUUGACUCCGGUACCUCAUUUACAUAUUUGAACGACCCAGCUUAUACUUUUAUUUCUGAGAGUUUCAACAAUAUGGCCAUAGAGAAGCGGCAUACAUCUGAUUCUUCCGACCUUCCCUUUGAUUAUUGUUAUGACCUAAGUGCAAAUCAAACCAACUUUACGUACCCUGUAGUGAAUCUGACAAUGAAAGGUGGAGAUUCUUUUUUCGUUGAUGAUCCAAUAGUAGUGGUUUCAUUGAAGAGUGGAGAUUUAUACUGUUUGGGUGUUGUGAAAAGUGACGAUGUGAAUAUCAUUGGACAAAAUUUCAUGACUGGUUAUCGGAUAGUCUUUGAUCGUGAGAAGAUGGUACUGGGCUGGAACCCAUCCGACUGUUAUGACAUUGAGGCCAACACUUUACCCGUCAGGCCUCCAACUGCAGUCCCUCCUGCUGUUGCUGUCAAUCCAGAAGCCACAGCAGGGAACGGUAAUACAUCUCACAUUUCAGGGGCAUCGCCACCCAUGGCAAACCAAUCACCCAAGAUGAAAACUUUGUCUUAUGCACUCAUAGUUGCUCUCAUUCCAUUUUUUGCCCUGAUUUAAUGAUAUUCUUUACUUCACAGAGGCUUUCCUCCCUCUACAUACCUGUACCAUGGGCAUAUUGUCAUAGGUAUAGAGGAAAAGGAAGCAUUUUUAGCUUCCUAUUUUUUUCAUGCUAGUGGCAUAAUUACAUAGGAUUGUAAAUAAGUUUUGAUUUUAAGAGACUGGUUAUAGCAUUCUUACAUUUCCAAGUUAUAAAAUUUGGAGUUUGCCUGCCUUUUCCAAUA